AGCCGCCGCCGCCGCCGCCGCCGCCACCGCCGCCGCCGCCGCCGCUGCUGCAGCCGGAGCAUCCGGGAGCCGCCGCCGCCGCUAGAGCUGCUUCCACUCCUACCAUCUCCCCUCCCAGGACCCCGAGACACCCCGAGCGCGUGCGGCGGCUGCUGCUUGCAUGCACCCCCUCUCCCUCCGCCCCUCCCUGCCGUGACCUACCCACUCCUUGCAGCCCUCGUACGCACCUUUUCCGACACCCCGGCAUCCCUGCACCACCUGCUCGGGCAGCCCCGGCAGGCGCUCGGACUUGCUGUGCGCGCCCAGAGGAAGGCGAGCCCCGACCCCGUGCCUAGCAGACGGGCUGUCGCGGCUGCACCACCAGCAGGAGGAGGACGAGAGGAAACUAUUUCGCCCACCGCAACCCCAUUCUGCGGGUCUGCGGGUGCUUCGCCGCCGCCGCUUCUGCUGCCGCCGAUCCGCGUCCGCGGGUUCGAACACCGCAGCGGCGGGGACCGUGGGUCCGGCGGGCACCGCGAGGAGGACACCGGCGGAGCCCUGCACUCCGUUGCCCCGCUCCCCAGCAGAUCCUUGCCCCCCGGUUCCUUCCCCGACCCUUUAGAGAAGGGACCAUGAUUUGGAAACGAAGCGCCGUUCUCCGCUUCUACAGUGUCUGCGGGCUCCUACUACAAGCUGCUGCUUCAAAAAAUAAAGUUAAAGGCAGCCAAGGGCAGUUUCCACUAACACAGAAUGUAACAGUUGUUGAAGGAGGAACUGCAAUUUUGACCUGCAGGGUUGAUCAAAAUGAUAACACCUCCCUCCAGUGGUCAAAUCCAGCUCAACAGACUCUGUACUUUGAUGACAAGAAAGCUUUAAGGGACAAUAGGAUUGAGCUGGUUCGGGCUUCUUGGCAUGAACUGAGUAUCAGCGUCAGUGAUGUGUCUCUCUCCGAUGAAGGACAGUACACCUGUUCUUUAUUUACAAUGCCUGUCAAGACUUCCAAGGCCUAUCUCACUGUUCUGGGUGUUCCUGAAAAGCCUCAAAUUAGCGGAUUUUCAUCACCAGUUAUGGAGGGAGACUUGAUGCAGCUGACUUGUAAAACAUCUGGUAGUAAACCCGCAGCUGAUAUAAGAUGGUUCAAAAAUGACAAAGAGAUUAAAGAUGUAAAAUAUUUAAAAGAAGAGGAUGCAAAUCGCAAGACUUUCACUGUCAGCAGCACACUGGAUUUCCGAGUGGACAGGAGCGACGACGGUGUGGCGGUUAUCUGCAGAGUCGACCAUGAAUCCCUCAAUGCCACUCCUCAGGUAGCGAUGCAGGUGCUAGAAAUACACU